GCUCCGCCCCCUUCCCGUCGGCCCGCGCGCCCCCUUGGCGAAGGUGAAGCGGUGGGCCGGGGCCGGGGCCGAAGCCCAAGAUGGCGGCGUACCUCACGCACCAGCAGAAGGUGCUGCGGCUCUACAAGCGGGCGAUGCGCCAGCUCGAGUCCUGGUGUAUCUACCGGGACAUCUAUCGAUUCCAUGCCUGUGUGCUGAGAGCGCGGUUCGAAGAGCACAAAAAUGAGAGGGAUAUGGUGAAAGCAACAAAACUGCUGAAAGCUGCUGAGGAAGAACUUUGGGCAAACCAGCAUCCUCAACCUUACAUCUUCCCUGAUUCUCCUGGAGGCACAGCUUAUGAGAGAUAUGAAGCUGAAAAGGCUCCUGAGUGGUGCUUGGAUUUCUGGCAUCCUUCUGAGAAGGCAAUGUAUCCUGAUUAUUUCUCCAAAAGAGAGCAAUGGAAGAGGCUGCAGUUAGAAAGCUGGGAAAAAGAGGUUAAGCAGCUAGAGGAUGAAACUCCGCCUGAUGGUCCUGAGACUGAAGCCUUGCCCCCAGCUCGCAAAGAAGGGCAUCUGCCACCUCUGUGGUGGCACUAUGUAACAAGAUCCCGAGACCCGCCAAUAUAAAAGAAUCCGUGCAUGAACAAGCAAAUUAAACUCGAGUAGUUUGUUCUCUACAACCAGUAGGAAUUCCAGUUAACAUGCACUGUUGUACUUAAUGCACAAUAAAACUAAAAUAAACAUGAAUAUACUUUA